UGAUGGUUCUAAUGAAACCUCCAGCCAUGCAAGGAGUCCUGCUCCUCAUGAGGAUUACCAUGGAGGAGGCUGAGUGUCUGUGGUGGACAUUGGGUCCUCCCAUUGUUCAUAUUUUCUUUGGUGAAUAUUAGAUAAAAAGCAGUGAUCUUCCUCAGCCAACAUUUUUUGUUCUACCCAGACGAGGACUUCGUGACAAGGCCAGUGUUCAGGCGCUUGAGGAGACAAUGAAAGAAGCCACUGAAUUGAAUGAAGACAUGUUGGAGGAAGCAGAGCAUCUGGCACUUCUAGAGCCAGAGGAUGAUGGUACAUUCUUCCAAGUCACCAACCUCCUAAACAUCAUGGACAGUGAAUCAGCAAAGACAGACACCACAGGGCCAGGCCUGGACAUGCGGAAGACCUUGGCUUCAGUGAUAAUCACAGAGAAGGCUACCACGGAUCCCUGUGUAGUGAUGAACGCGCUCAUCCGCUGCCUGCAGGUGCCAGAGAUUUCUACCCAGCGCAAAAUGAACAUCUACAACAUCAUGCAGGAGAUCAUCCAGCAGGAAGGGGAGAUGGAGGAGCACUGUAUACAAAGGCUGGUGGCCAUUGCCUCCAAGCAGAUGCGGGAUAUCACAGAGACGGAGGAUUUUGAGACCGCCGAGGUGGCCAGUGAGACUCUGGUGGCUCUGUCCCGAAACCACUUCAGCUUGGUCAUGUAUGAACUGCAGCAUCAUCUCAAGCCUCUCAACCUCACUGACGAGUUUGUCAUUGUCACUCUGGCCAAGCUGGCCAAUGGCAAUGUGUUUGAAUUCAUGCCCUACAUGGGCAUCACCCUGGCUACCAUAUUCACGAUGUUGAGACUUGCCAACGAAGCCAAGAUGCGCCAGGUGAUCUGUAGUGCCAUGGAGACGUUCUGUGAGACGGUGCAGUUUUACCUGAGGCACCUGGAGGACAGCCUGUAUCCCGUGAUGACGGAGGACCAGUUUGCUGUGAAGCUCUUCCCAAUGUACCGAUACUUCGUGACCGUGUGGCUGCGCCACCAGGACCUUGAGGUGAAACUGGGAGUCAUCAAGUCUCUCAGGCCCAUGCUGAGCCUUCUCCUGCCUAAUGACGACCUGAGGGAGCAGGUGUAUGACUAUAUCCCCCUGCUGCUGGCUGAGUUCCAGGGUGGCCUGGAGGCUCUCUUUGUCACACAGGUCUUGAGGCAGAUUCUAGAAGCAUCGGUUACCACCAACACCCCUAUCCCCCCGAUGCUGCUACACCCCAUUUUCACAGAGCUGCACGUCCAGGUGUGCUCCAAGGCCCCAGCCCAACAGCAGUUCAGCAGUCAGAACCUAAUGGAGAUCGUGCACUGCUUCAUAGCCCUGGCCCGCUCCUACCCCAAGGAGCUGAUGAAGUUCUUCUUCAGCCAGGUGGAGAUGAGCAAAGAGGCUGUCCGUGUGGGGACACUGGCCCUGAUCAGGGCAGUAGUGAGCGCAGAUGACCCCAAAAUGAAUAUCAAGACCAUCUACCUAGCCAUCCGGGUCGUCAAGAACACUCUCUCUGACACUCGGUCCAAGGUACGGAUGGCAAUUCUGCGAAUCAUUGGCCAGCUGGUUCUGUCAGGCUUCCAGGAAAAGAUCAAAGGCUGGGGUCUGAAAUAUGUGUCUGUCCAGCUCACCUUAUCUACCUACAAGCUGACAAAUCGCCGGGAAUGCUUUUAUCAGAGGGAUUUGGAAGAGAAGAUGGUUCACAAAGUAACCAUGGAUACUGUAAAGAUCAUAACUUCUUCUAUCAGCGGCAUGACCAAUGAGUUCUGGGUGAGGCUCCUGUGCUACAUCAUGGAGACAGACUACACCGAGGCGCUGACCCCCAUCUGCAUCAGCCUCACGAACCUGGCCGAGAACCAAAUUCAUGGCAAAGACACGGAGGCUGGAAUAGCUGGAAAGAGCAAGCAUGUGGACCUGCCUGCACCCCAGAAGCUGCUGGCCCGUCUCCUGGUGCUGAUGUCAUCACCCUAUAAAGGAGAAGGCCGGGGGAUUGCCAUGCUCAACCUCCUGCGGACCCUCAGCCAGAGCAUUGCUCCUUCCAUGGCUGACAUGUGGGAGCAGGAGAUCCCCCUGCUAGUCCAGUACCUGGAAGAGCACACUGAGUUUACCUGGAACCAGAAGACCUGGGAGGAUAUGCUGAUUCAGUUUCUGAGAAACUCCCUCAAGAAGACCCGUGGGACCAGCUGGAGCCUGAGGCUCAGCAAAGAGUUGAACAACCAGAUCGAGACCUUCGACAGCCCCUCCUUGGAAAAGGGUUUUCUGUACAGGGCCCUGGGUUUCACCUUAGGCAUGGGUCUGGAGGCCGACAGGGUGGAAGUGCUCUUAUUAGAGCUGCUGUACAAGACGGACUACAGCAACGACUUUGACCGGGAGGGUGUCAUCCUGUGCUUUGGACUAUGUGCCCGGGGCCAGGUAAAGACAGUGCUGAAUGUGCUUCAGGACUUUGAGGAGAGGAUCCAGGAGUCGGAGCAGUCCUGGCAGAUCGGUGCCUGGAGGAAAGACCACCCCUGGAGGCGAGAGACGGUGAAGAGUGCCCUAAUGGUGAUGUACAGCUGUGUGUCCUCUUACUGCCACCCCCAAAUGCUCCUCACCCACGUGGACAGCCCCAUCACCUCUAAGAUCAUCCACCACUACUCCAGCAGCUGCCAGGACAUCAGCCUCAAAAUGGCCUUCAUGAAGAGUGUUGUGCAGGUCACCAACGCCAUCAAAAGCAUCCAAGACCCGGAGGACUUCCAGUUUGCCCACAAGUCUGCUCUUACUGGCCUCAUAGUUGCGAUCAUCAAAGCAGAACCACCCGACCACUUGGUUUCUCCCGUGAGGUCGAUGGCAAUGGAUGCUCUCUCACAACUGAGCACGCUGAAGCCUUUCUACUCUCCAGAGGAAAGCACAGAGUUGAUGGAUAUCAGCAUACACACCGUUAUCUCCCUCCAACCCCCAGGGGAAGACAAUGAGUCUGUUAAGACCCUGUAUGCAAAUGCCAUGAGUUCCCUAAAGCAGCUGAUGGAGGGCCUCCUGCAGAGACAGCUGGACCCCAAGGGGCUGCAGGACACUGUGCAUCUCCUGGAGAAAUGGAUCUUGUCAGAGAAAGAAUGGGAACGGGAGAAAGCCAUGGCCCUCCAUCUCCAUCUCAUGCAGAUCUACGUUCAAAGUAUUGGUGUCUGUAUCCCGCUGAAGCUGGGGCAGUUUGGAAUACUGGUUGGACUCAUUGCUCCAUGUACCUGUGAUGCCCACAGAAGAACCCGCUUGGCCUCGAUUAACGUCCUGUCCAGUCUGCUAGAUCUUCAUGUGAGCCAGACGUGCUCUUUAUGGGGAACUUCCAAGGAGCAGGAGCUGCAGAAAUGUAAGGAGGACCUCCAGGACACCGAUAUGAACAAGAUUUCCAGUGCUUCCUCCAGAGUCGCCAAGGUGGUUUGCCCAGAGUUUAACUGCGAUGAAGUUGUCUCUCUCAUCCAGAAGCUCUGUGAGAACAUUGGGGCCAUGGACCUGCAGCAUGACAGGGCUGCUGUCACCUGGAUAGGCAUCUUCCUCCAGAUGCGGGUUAAGGAGCUGGAGGACAAGGUGGCCGAGAUACUGGGUGCCAUCUUGGUUCACCUGCCAGUGGUGGACCACCCAGAGGUGAGGCGACAUCUCAUUGAAGGCAUCCUCCUGCUGGCACACUACCACCAGGAGACCGUCCUCACGUCACUUCUGAGACAGCCACUGCCCAUGGAAAGCCAUCUGACAGAGGUAUGGCUGGCCGUGGCUGAGAAUGUCCCCUUCGCACGGACCAUGCUCCAUGGCUUGCUGGGCCGGCUGCAGUCGAGGUUCACUGCCAAGAUAAAUGCCACCUCCAAGGCUGACAUCUGGCGCCUGGCCGCUGUAGACCCUCUGAUGCCCUUCUCCCUGCAGACGCUGUGUACCAUCCAGCUCCUCAUGGAAAAGAUGGACCAGGAUGACAAAUUUCCAGACCUGUUUCCUGACCUGCUGUAUACCUUCCUGCUGCAGCUUGGCAGCAGCCAUGGGCCAGAAGCUGCCUCCCCUGUCCUGAAAACCUGGAGACUGGUCCACACAGGGCCACUGCCCCAGGAAAUGACCCUGCAGAGGAUCACUAUCAAAUCCAUGCAGCUUUUGGUCAAGAGGAUCAACAGAGAGCCCCUGGAGCAGGCCCUGGAAGAGCAGUCUGUGUGGUCCCUGCUGGAGAAUGGAGGCACCUUCCUUGAGGGAGUGAGCCUGAUGGCCAGGCUGUGCAUGCAGAACAUGGAGAACUACAUGCAGAGGCUGGCAGAGCUGGUGCUCACGGGCAUGGGCUCCGAGAUCCUGAGCUGCUGCAUCAGCAGCACGGCCAUCUGUGUAGAAUUCAUGAGCGACCCAGUUCUGCACCAGGAGAAGCUGCUGAGGCCUGUGGUGCUGAUGCUGGAGAAGGGUGCAGGGCAGGACAAAGAUGAGACCCUGCAGGUGCUCUCUCUGCGUGCCUUGGGCAACAUGGCUCUCGGUGCUCCCCGGAAGGUGAAGCAGUAUCGAAAACUCCUGUUGGAGAAGUGCCUAGGCUCCCUGCAGGGGCAGGUGAGCAGCAGUGCCAUGGCGGAAGGCAUGGAGGCCCUCACCAAGGUCCUGGCUGAGCUCCGAGAGGGCGAUAUAGGAUCUUCUUUUGAAGCCAUCUCUAAGCAGUGCAGGGCUUUCUUCGACAACGAAAGCAAGCUGCUACGGUUGAAGGCCUUCGUUCUCUUUGGGAAGCUUGCAAAGGUGGUUGGGAUUUCCAAGAAGCAUUUCUUCAAAGGGGAGGUGAAGAGAGGCUGGAUCUCCCUCCUGCUGCACUGCCAGGACCCCUGCCCCAGCGUAGCCCAGGCAUGUGUGGCCACCAUGUUUCAGUGUUUGCAUUUCUGGGGCUGGAAGUCCCUGGAGAGUUCUUUUGGUCACAGUAACAACAGCAUCAAUGAACAGAUGACAGUUUUUCAGACAAAUAUGUGCUCCGUCCUGGCCCAGAAAAAGCCUGCUGUUCUCUGUGGCUUCCUGUUGGAAACAACAGUCUUCAUGAAAAACAAUCUGUCAAGGAUCAGAAUUGCCGCCUGCAACUUGGCAGGAAUUAUCAUGAAGCAGCUGUCUGCCCAUUAUCUGAAGAAGAUGGACCUUGUGGGACUUCGAAACUCUCUCCAGGACCUGCAGCUAGACUCAGACGCUGGGGUCAGAAGGGCAGCCUUGGAGACCCUCAAAGUCCUGGACAGCUGCAAUCAGCACUGGCUCUUGGCGUCACCCAGAGGACUGCCCUAAGUGGCCCUGAUGCGAGUGAACUGCUUCAUCAGUGUCACACCUGCCACAGCAAGGCAAAUCACUUUUCAUUUGUAGAAAAACUGUUGUAAAAGAAUGAGUAUCCAACCCUCCUGAAAUAUAUCUCCACUGCUCUCCCCAGUGCAGGCUCCUGGCUGUGUGGACAUCACAUCCCAGAGCCAACCACGGGGCAAAGGGCAGCUUCAGCCCUGUAGGCCUCUUCCUCAGCUGAGCCUUUGUGGGGGUGGACAAGCAGUGCUUCCCAUGUGUCCUGAUGUGUACUCACAGUGGGGUACGGUGCCAGGCAAGGGGAGAUCAAACUACUGCCCAGCCUGUCCCCAGGGACCUUGUUCCUAAAGCAAAAAGGCAGAUGCAUGCCUAGACAUCAUGAAGACCUUCACCUGGGAGAUGGUACUCACACAAAGCCUACCCUCCCCUUUCUCAGAGAUCCGAGAUUAUCAG